CCGCGCUCAACUGUCGUUCGUCUUGCAGGAUGGUUCGCCUGCUUCUCUCUGCAGCUCAUUACAGAGUCGGGCGUUAACGAAUCCUAACGCGCACUCAACUGGCAGUGGCGUUUAAGGCAAGAAGAGGAAAGUUUACUUAUUUUUUUCUGGUGCAUUUUAACACUUCAUUGACUGUAAUUGAAAAUGCACAAGUUGCUGAUAAUGUCAGCGUUUGUACUGCUAGGUGCGUGGCUUGCAACUGGCGAACUGGGCUUGGACACCUCUACAGUUACUAGUAACUCGUCGGAGUCUCAGCCGCCGGACCCGGGAGUCCUGUCCGGUGAUUCCAACUCCACCACACCGUACAACGUCGGCCUCAAGAUCUCCUCCAUUAUCAAGGACCUACCUACUUUGAAAAACAUCGUCAUAUUCGUGUGCGGCUUUACCGCUUUUCUCAUCACCUGCUUGGUGGUUAAGGUGUUCAGAUCUGGAAAAAAAAGAAGAAAGACUCGCAAAUAUGAUCUCAUUACUACACCAGCUGAAAGGGUGGAAAUGGCUCCAUUAAAUGAAGAUAAUGAGGAUGAUGAGGAUUCAACGCUCUUUGAUGUGAAGUACAGGUGAAGAAUAACAUUUUUUUUAUUGAAAGUGCCUGUUUGUGGAAUGUAUAGAAGAUCUUCAAUGAUACCUGUGAUGGAAUUUCUGUUGCCUCUCCUUUUAAGUUGUUUCAAUCUGAUGCCUACUGUUAUCAAGUAUAAACUAUGGAUAAAGGAUAUUUAUCCAAAAUCUAGCAGUUAACAUAGACAUGGCAACCGUAUCUUCAGUUCAGACUGCUUAUCCCAAAGAAGUUACGUAUGAGCAGUUGGUUAAGAAAGGCAAGCUCAUCACAAAAAGUGUCGUGUUCUUUGAGGUUUUGUUAUAUUUGGUGUUAAAACAGACCUGUAAAUAAUUUAAAAGUAUAUAAAGUAAAACACUUGAGAGUUGGUGCCCUUUAAGACUACAUUCUCAUUUUGAAUUUCUACAUGUGCAUUCUUUGUUCAACAUACUGCCACUUGCCAUUGUGUUCUGGUACAACAUAUGUACAAUCAAAAUGUUAGCUUUUGCUACAUGAAACUGUCAGUUAUUCCUUAUUUUGUGCCAAGUUUGAGAGCAUAACCUGCAAUAUGAAGUGUUAAACAUUAUAUUAAUAUUGAAACAUUGUUAGUAUCUGGAAGUGGUAAAAUUUAAAUUCUGUAACUCUUCAGUUUUAUAUUGCUUUAAAGGCACUGAAGUGAAAUAUAUGGUUAUUAAAGAACACUAGCUUUCUGUAGGUAAACUGUCUGUAAGCAUACAUUUUUAUUACAGAACAAUAAUGUAUGAUCAGUGUAAUUAUUAUGAAUGAUUUAUAAUUAUUAUUGUAUACUACACAAUAUUUAUUCUCUUAACUACUAACCACCAGUUGAAGGUAAAUGACUGAAUGAACAGCUACCCAUCUAUUUUGAACCAGUUAAAUUUUGUAUUUGUGCAUUAAGUAGGAUGCUGCUAUUUGUUAGGCUGUUGAUACACACAGGAGUUGUAUUUUACACAUAAUAUGAAAUUUUAAACAAAAUCUCUUCAUUAGUUAUUAGAACUGUGCUUAAGUUUUAUAUGGAGGAAAUGUUCUAAAACAAUGUUUUUGAUUUUUUCACACUUUUGAGACAGACCAUAUGCGUAAUUUUUUUGUUUAAUUCUCUGUUUACUUAUCCUAAGUGGUAUUCUACCUGCAAAUGUAUCUAAUUAAUCAGAUAAAAAGGAAAGUGACCUUUAUGCCAUAUUUGUUGCCACUGAUUGUCAGCUGUUUUGAUCUAUAAAUUUGACUUGAUCCAUCUGUGAUUUAUAAACAAGUUCAGUCAAUGUAUUACACCGUGUUCAUCAAUUCCAAAAGUGUUAUUUUGACUUAUACGGUGUUUUAAUUUAACUUUGUAAUCUUAUUUGACCAAUGUCACAACAACAUCUUUUACUUUUUUUUGCCAAAAUGUAUAGGCCAAUUAAACAAUGAACUUUACAAACUGUUUUUGCAAUAAUGGGGAUGUGCUGAAAGUGUAUCCUCAGUUUUGUUUUAAACAUCCAAAAUAAUAAAACUGAAUACCUAAUGUUGGGGGAAAGAAUCUUCCUAAAAAGUAUAUUUUAUUUCCUUUGAAAUUUAACUUAUUUGAAAUAGUGGGUGGAUUUUCAGUGGAUAUGAAAGAUAUUUAAGACUGCUAUGUUUGAAUGAAAUUGUAUUAUAAAUGCAAUUUCUAAACUGUGAGUUAAAGUAGUGAUUAUAUACACUUCUCCUCCUAACUGGAAAGAUUUAUGGAGUACAGGUGUUUUUGUAUUUUUUUUUUUAACAAAUGUGAUUACUCUACAUGAUCUCAAUGGUCACAAACCACAGGAUGUAUUUGUUCUGUGGAACUUUGCUUCAAGAAACAGAGCGGUCAUUGAACUUGCUGUAAUUUAAUCUUUGAGGAUAGUUUAGACGUUUUGUUUUUGGAUCUGUGCUGCCUAACACACAUACAAAAAAGCCCUCUUUUGGUUUAAUCCAGACUUCUUUCUUGAAAAUAAACCCUCAAAAUAAUAUGCUACCCAUCUCACCCAAUCUAUAUACAAAAUAUAAAAAAAAUUGUGAACAUGUAAACACUUCAUGCUCUGUAUGUAUUUUAUAUAUAUAUAUAUAUAUAUAUCAUUACCUUAAAGAAAUUGAAAGUGGUUAAAUAAAUGUAGUAUUUCAGGAGACUGGGAACCAUAUAGUAUGCAUAUAUUCCAUUUCUGGGUGGCUUUUCAGGUUUGAAUAACCCAGUUUUCAAAAGAUCAUUAUAUGUUUGGCUAUUUCUUUAUUCACACAUAUGUUUUACAUCUCAUUGCUGUGUUGCUGUUGACAAUUACCAGAGACGCAUGGUUUCAUUAGCUCUGUAGAAACAUUGUUAACCAAAAUAUAGCUCAGCACCUGACAGACCAUAGUUCAAUAACUCCAUAUGCAUAUGUCCUUAGUUUGAUUUGCCCUCAUAUUUUUGCUCUUUUUUUGUGACCUGCACUGUUAAAUUGCUAUCUAGCUGUUUACUUGUCCAGCUUGGUCCUGAUGUAGUGUUGUAAGGAGGAUUAAAUGAAAUAAAUGUGUAUAAUUCAUGCAAAACCCUUCCUUGCUACCUUUGAGCCUGCUUGGAGGGGGUGAAGAGUUGCCUGAGAAACUAUAAUGUACUAAGCUGCUAACUUUGACAAUGAAAUAAUUUUCUAGUAUACACUAAAUAACAUUUUCAGGUUUCCUGUGUAUGCCAAAACAGUUGUGUUGAUAUUCUAGUUGAGAGAAUAUGGGAUUUAUCUGUCUUAUAUUAAGCUGUUUCAUUUUUAGUGUAGUGCUUAAAAUUAAUAUUUUUUGUUUCACGUUUUUUUUAAUUUCCACCAAGGUAAUUUUUGUUUAAAAAAAAAAAAAUAAAAUAAAUCUUUUUUUUUAUAAUAUCUGAUUAAAACUGCCCUUUGUAAAUAACCUCCUUUGUAAUAGGCAGCACAAAUUUCUAAUUCAAAGUAAUAGUUAAUUUACAAAUGCCUAUAGGUUCUCCAUGCUGUGUGUCAGUAUUGAUUCCCAUACAGUAUAUCAAAGUGUACCUUUGACAUAAUUAUUCUUCAGUGGGAUCUUUUUUUUUUUUUCUCCACUCUUUAAAGGUUAAUGGAAUUAGUAGUUUUCCACCUGCUUUGGAUAGGAAUCAAACAGUAUUUAAGUUAAAGGAAGAUUUCCAAGGGGUUGCUGUCUUGAGGAGCUUGGCUUACCCUUGCUCUCUUUGAAUUUCAUUCUGUAUUUUUGCAAACUUUUGGAUUUACAUAGGUGCGUAUUAUACUUUUUAGAAGAUAAUCGAAACAGAUAAGUUUGGAUUUUUUUUUUUGUUUUUUGUGUUUGUCAUGCCUAACUAAAGACAUGCAGAGGUAAGCCAGGGCCAUUCAAUUCCAGCCCAGCAGCACAAUAUUGGCAUUUUUCCUUGAUGACUUCUUGGAUGUAACUGCAAAUUUGUGUGGUCUCUUUUUGCACUUCAUGGUGGUUGUUGAUUCUUCAAGACACCACAGAAGUGUUAAAUACUUACAGGAAGCUUUGUAUAGAUAAUGUGUGAGACUUAACUGAUGUAAGAGCAAGUGGAGACUAUAGAGUUAUCUCAUGAUGGAGACUUUCUCUUAUUUCUGUUUUCACUUGUAUAAUCUGUGAUUAACUGGAAUUUAUACACUUAAUUAUCAUGCUUCUGUUUCUUUAAAAAUUUAAAUUCUCCAACAAAUGUGUUUUUGCUUUUGUUUAUCUUAAUUAAAGUGAUUUUUUCCCAUUAA